CACCGACCGGAUCACAGACUCUUGUUGUCAGUCACUUUCCCGGCGAACAGACGGCAGCAGCAACAGCAGCAGGCGGAGCGGAGACGGCAAUCCCCCCACACGCACACAUCUACCCCACCCCUUUCCAAAACCCCCCAGAAACGGAGGCAGGAGGGGAACAAAACCUUGCGGGACACCUGUGCUGCUGGAUUCCCUCUUUUGGGGCUUUGUUGAACAUUAUUAGAAAAAUAAAUUCACACCCAGUUUUUGGGUUAUGUGGACGAGCAGCGGAGAUCAGUAAAACUGGGAUGUAAACGCAGAAAAAGCGACCAAAUCUGCUUCGAUUGGACUGUGGCGAAGCCGUCGGCGGCACCACCAGUAGCACCAGCACCAGCAUUGGUCGGUCGGCGGAUGGAGAUGCGUUGUGAAGGCGGAGGGAUGAUGAUGAUGAUGAUGAUAUAGCAGGUUGCUGCAGGGUCGUGCCGCAUUGCCUGGCCGCCGCGAGCGACGCCGGGGAGUCGGUGAUGCUGUCGUCGUCAUUGUGCCACAGAAAGAGAGAAAAAGAGAGGAGAGGCUCUGACAUGGAGGGAAGCGGCUGUCUGUCGACUCCGAGCUCAGGCCGCCCGGAUCAGCAGGUUGGAUGUACCGCCUGAAGGCUGGAGGACCUGAUUCAUGAUAUACAUGGUGGGAAAUUGUGAUAAAGUUGAAUUCUUUGUGGUGGAACUGAAUUUUUUCUGUGCGCAAAAAGUGAAUGGCCCAUAUGUUGAUUAUGCAUCACAGGAGCAUCAUAGCAGCUGCGUGUGUGCCAGUUCAGGGUGGAUUACGUCUACAGAGCAGCAGGCCUCCAUCUGAAGUCAGCUACUGAUCAGGAAAGCGUGAAGAAAACACUUCAGCAUACUUUCUUACCCUGUUGCUGCUCGGGGGGUAACCAUUUGUACUGGUGUUUCAUUGGAAGCUGGUGUGGUGUGAUCCCCCGUGGAGGGACAGCUGUUGCAAAAGAUGACUCACUUACAGGCUGGUUUGUCUCCAGAGACACUGGAGAAGGCCAAGGUAGAGCUGAAAGAAAACCCUGAGACUUUACACCAGGACAUCCAGGAGGUCAGGGACAUGAUCAUCACCAGACCGGACAUCGGGUUCCUCAGGACAGACGAUGCGUUUAUCCUCAGAUUCCUCCGAGCCAGGAAAUUCAAUCACUUCGAGGCGUUCCGGCUGCUGGCACAGUAUUUUGAGUACAGACAGCAAAACCUGGACAUGUUCAAGAACUUGAAAGCAACUGACCCGGGCAUUAAGCAGGCCCUGAAGGAUGGUUUCCCUGGCGUGCUCUCCAAUCUGGACAGAUAUGGCAGGAAAAUAUUGGUCCUGUUCGCUGCCAACUGGGACCAGAGCAGAUACACGUUUGUGGACAUACUGAGGGCUAUCUUGCUGUCAUUGGAAUCUAUGAUAGAAGAUCCCGAGCUGCAAGUCAACGGCUUCAUCCUCAUCAUUGACUGGAGUAACUUCACCUUCAAGCAGGCGUCCAAACUGACUCCCAGCAUGCUGCGGCUGGCUAUCGAGGGACUGCAGGACAGUUUUCCUGCCAGAUUUGGAGGGAUCCACUUUGUGAACCAGCCCUGGUACAUUCACGCUCUCUACACCGUCAUCCGACCCUUUCUUAAAGACAAGACAAGGAAGAGGAUCUUCAUGCAUGGUAACAACCUAAACAGCCUCCAUCAGCUCAUCCACCCAGAGAUCUUGCCAUCGGAGCUUGGUGGGAUGAUGCCACCCUACGAUAUGGGGACAUGGGCUCGAACACUGCUGGACCACGCAUAUGACGAGGAGACUGACUACUGUCCAGAGUCCUACACCCUAUCAGUACAAGACCUGGAGAGAGACCUGGAGAAAAACCUUUCCCCAAAGACCAUGAAGAGGUCUCAGUCGGUGGUGGAACCGGGAGUCCUGAAGCGACCAGACAAAGUCAAGAGCGAAGAAGACAACAUGCAGCCGCUGCUUUCGCUGGACUAAAUCGUGCAGUAACAGCUCAAAAGCAUACUCGAAUCAAUAUUUACACACACAAAUACACUGACUUACUGUGCACAAGCAACACGCGCCCUGAAAAACACCUUCCUCCAGGAAAUGCUGCUGCUGCUGUUGGAUUCACGUUUUUCUCCAAGUCAUGGAAAAGCAAGCAGCAAGAGAUGAGAAGGACGUUUCCUCAGACUUAAGGGCAUCCUAAGAGCUACUGAUGGUGUUCUAUAUAUUUAUUUAUUUAGUUAUUUGUCAAGUGCCAAUUCCAGAAACUGUAAAUUAACGUCUUUAAACAAUCCAGUAUGGAGCAGGGAAGAGACGCUCAAGAGAGUGAGUUGUGAAAGUAUAGUGUUUACUACACUUGUACAGCAUAUAGAUGAUAAAGAAUAUGGAAAAGUGAACAUGAAACUUCAAAGAGGGCUUGGGGCCAGAGCUCUUGAGCUACAGUUUUUCCUUUUUUUGUACAGUAAUUUGAGGAAAAAUGCCCCAUAUGGGCAAGAAGCACGGCUCAGGAUCAGCAGCAGUGAUGGCGAUCAGCUUGUUUAACCUCCUGGACCCAAACUGGCAAACAGGCAGUGGGUUUACUGGGAGUUUACUGGGGGUUUACUGGGGGUUUGGCAUCUUUCCUGUGAAAACAAUGUCCGAACUCUUGGUUCUCACUCCAGUUAUCUCUUGGAAAAGCAAACCCCCCUUUACGGUAAGAGUUGGCUCUAUGUAUCAUUUGUUUUUUUUUGUUUUCUUUUUCCUUUUAGUCAUUCUCUCGCUUGUUUCUGACCCAUAUGUCACAGAGCACAGCACUGUCUUCUACCAUUAGGGAUAACACAAAGCUGCUGUCUUUUACUUUUAACAUAGACUCACAUAAUUACAUAUUUGUUUGGCAGACCAAAGAUAUAUUUUCUGAAUUUAGAUGGACAAAUAAAUGAGGCAAAGUUUUGUAGAAGCAGGGAAAGGCCAAGUGUAUUAUCCUCUCCUGUGACUUUGUGACACAUCUGUUGGAUGUAAUGGCAGUAACAAGCUUCUGAAAACAUAUUUCCGUCAUUUUAACAGGGUAUGCAUAUUAUUAUUAUAAGAUAUUUAGAGAUUAAAGCAUCACAUUGGUAUGUUUUGCAUGUUUUUUUGGGGAAAUCACAUUUACGUUAUACGUUAUUGUUGACCGAUUAUUUUCUCCUAUAUACAAAGGCAGACUUUUUCCUUUUUUAAAUUAUCCCAUUCACAGUUUUUAAAUCCAUUUGAACUUAUUAUUAGUAUUUUAUAAGGCAUUUAAAAAUCAGCUAUUUGUAGUCUGAAACCCUAUAAUUACCAGAUUAAUCUGAAGAAUUAAAAUGUCCACAUCACUGUUUGAUGAGAAAAUUAUUCCAUUACCACUGUCAGGUAGUGCAAAUUUGAUCCUUUUUGUGUUAAGUGUUUGGUUUGCAGCAUCUUUAAGGAUACUCUUUGAAGCUUAAGAGUGCUGUUAGAACGUCCUGACAGCACCUGAAUGCACCGAGACAUUUUCAGUGAGGUAAUUGGUUAACUUCAAUAAUUUAACAAUUCAGCUGAUAAUGACACGUAGUGAUUAACAAUUUAUUAAAUCCAGGAUUAAAGUUAAUUGUAUUGUUAGAAUGGCUGCAGUUAUUUUCUGUACAGGGCAGUUAAAAGGCUUGUAUUAAAUCCUAUUUCAGGCUAUCUGUCACUGAAGUGGUAACAGAGAGUGCACUUGACAUUUUAAAAGGAUAUUAAGGCAAACAAGUGGGCAGAUUUUGUUUGUUAAUGACUAAAGUCUAAAUCAUCCCUAUAAACAGAUAUCUGUAUAAUAAUAUUCAUGAAACUAUUCCUUGUUUCCAAUGGAUAAUCAUAUUUGAGUUUGUAUGCAGCCAGGUAAAAAGUCUGUCAAGCAAUCAACUGCAGUCUGAUGAUGAUUUCUCUAUUAUUAGAUGUCUUAUUUCAAACAUAAUAUCUUUUUUCAGCUAUCCCAACUAACCAGGUUAGUCCAAGACUGAGUUCAGCAGUCUAGCUCAUAGGUUCACCAACUGUAGUCAAAGUAAUACCAGCUGUCUGUUGCAUUUGAACCCUUUAACGUCCUGAAGCUCGGUCCAGCAAAAGAAACAAAUCCCCCCAUUUGAGGUUCUGCUUGUUUUACUUUUGCUUCUUUCAAUUUGUUUAUUCCAUCCUUUGUUUUUUUAGGUGAAGAAGGCUAACUAUAGAUACCAGGAAAUAACGAUAACAUAGUGCACUCAAAAUGAUGAUUUUUGAAGUGAUCCUCCUAAAAAGAAUCAGUUUAAACGCUGACGAUGUCAUUAUUAUAUGUAUGUUUACUCGAGUUAAGAGAAAAGAGUAACUUUCAAGUGCAACAUUUUAUACUAAAUUAUAAGAUUAAUUACUUUAGCAGUCAGAAAAUUGUCCUGUAGUAUUUAAACUGACACAGUUUUCUAUUUCCUGCACUUAUCGUGUGUUAAGUUGGACUUUCUCCAUAUACAUGAAUGUAGUCCUGAAGCAGUUUGACAUACUUUAGUUUAGGUUCUUCCACAUCAACUAUUCACCACGAGCACACGAAGUGCAAAGGUGUGUCAACCAAAUGUUAAGAAGGUGGAGAGCACAGCGGGAAGGAAAUACGCGCCUCUGACGGGCAGAGCAGCAGAGUGAGGCUGGCAAACAGACAGCCGAGCAGAUCACAGAAUAAAGGCCGGCAGGCAGAGAGUGUGAGGUGGCCCGCUGCAACGAGAGCAGACAGCUGGAAUGUUAAACUAUCACACCAGCGCACACGACAUGUCAGCCCCGCUUACCGCAGCUCAGAGGCUCUACAGGCUGUACCCUGUGCAAAGUCGAGUCAGACUUGUUCUUAAUGGUUUCUCCUUCGGCUCAGUGUGAUCUGUGUGCUUCCACUGAGGUUUAACAUCAAACACAGAGGGAUAAUAAUCUGGCAGUGUGAUGGCGAUACUGUGUUUUUACUGAAUAUGUGAUCAGCCUGAUCCUCUAAGAGCAGACAGUGGCUACAGAAACAGUGUGAAUAGGCUGUCAUGACACCUAGUAUUGUAUGAUUAAGUCCAUUGUACGGUCUGAUUAAAUUUUUAUUAUAAAUUCAACCUUUGCUGCACCUGCUGCUCGAAUUUUGUGUUCAAGGAGUAAAUUAUUUAUUUUCAGAAAGAGGCACAUUAUAUAGAGUUGAGACCAAACCUAGAUUUCCACAAAGUAUCUGUACAAGAAUUUUGUCAUUUGUACAAUUACUCAUUAUGACAAAAUCCAUAAAAUAUACAAUUGGUUCAAUAUUUUUUCUAAUGCAACUAAAGUGCUGUGGAGCCUAUUUGGAACCAACCCCAUUAGUCAUCAUAUGCUAAAUGUGUUCAAUAUUUUAUUAUAUAACUGACCUUGGAUCUGUUGUUAAUAAUCCACUUAUACUGCUGCCAAUACAUAGUCAUCCUAGUACGUCAAACGUUGUCUUUUUGUCUGUGCUAUUGCACAAAUACCUAAAAGCUGCCCUCUGACGUUGGUGUCUUGACACAUCGGCUGUGGCAGAAUGAGACACGAACAGACAGUGGUCCUGCUUUUGCAGAGCAGCAGAUAGACAGUGGUGGAGUGACUCACCCAGGAGACCGCUGUCCACAUUUUAUUUUGCCUCGUUUGCACUCACUUUUUACGUUAAUAGGCUGGUUAGGUUUAGGCAUCUCAAACUCCUUUUUUAGUCCAGUUGGUUAGGACAAUAUUGUGAUUUGGUUUUAAAUAUGCAGUUUGCAACAGUGAUCCUGGACAUGUAGGUAAUCCAUAUAAAUCUGAUGAAAAGAGGUAUUUUAGAAGCACCCUACAUAACCACUUGGGUGUGACAGACCUGUCUCAGUAGCUGUUGUAUUAUGGCACAGAUGGCAAUGAACACCGUGUGCGUAACUGUGAGACUUCAGCUGCUUUCUCAAAAUGGCAAUAUUUGAUGCCCAAGGAAGUAGAAAGGAGUAUCUCUCCUGACAUCCCAUAAAACCGACAUCAGUAUUUCCUCUUUUGUAGAUGGAGACAGAGUACAAGUUAAUCUACAAACCAGUCUACAUAAUAAAGGCAAAAUUCUGGGGCUUGUGCUGUCUGAAUUUUAGACUAUUUUCACUGUAAUAACAUAUAAUGUGUUUGAUUAUGUUUUAGCUUUAUGGUCACACAAGAUAAACAACUUAAAUGAGUAUGUUUAGUUGUGUGAUAUGAUUGUCUUAGUUUGUCACCAAGUAAAACUACUAAGAAAACCACAAACAGUGCAAAGCUUCUAGAAAACUGGCUGAUGUGAUUGUUUUAGCAUUAGUAUUUGGUUUCAUUAUAAUGCUGAUAUCUGUAGAAAGAAGAUCGGAUCUUUGAUUUCCUUUAAUAGUUCGCUUGUAGUCCGAGUUCUACUAACCAAUCAUGUUGAAGCAUGUUAAAGGCUUGUGCUGGACAGUGGAGAACAAACACAUACUCGUAACUACAAGCUCUAAACCAAAGGCUAUAAUUUGUCAUUAAUUCAGGUUGUUACUGGCUUUUUAAAAAUUCAUAUUUAACUGUGUUUUUAAAAAGCACAUGGAACAGUCAGAUAUUGAUCAGUGUCCCCAAAGGCUGUCUUCAGGUGAUAGUCGAUAGAUUCCCAGAUUGAUUCUGAUGUACCUUUUGCAGCCACAGUUCUUAGUUCAAAUGCCCCUGUGUUCUCUUUCCUGAGAAACAAACAUUGUUGUCAAUAUAUUUCUCCCAUUUUAAAUAUGAUUAUGGGAUAAAUACAGCAAAAGACAAAGGUCAUCAUCAUUUAUUUCUCAUGUAUUGCAAAAUUUGAAGGCUGGCAUACCUGCUAAUUUGUCUUUUUAAGCUAUAACUGACCAAUCACUGUUCAGGGGAUGGAUUUAUUAGAAGAUCAGUUCUCUAUAAAACCCAGUUUACUCAUUCAGCUACAACUAAGAUUUUUUGCAACCGCUGCUUUCUGGGUUUUUUUGUUUCCUUUGUUUACUCAAACUUCUCAAAAGUCAAGUUCAAUCUAGACAUUUUUAUUAACAACAGCUAAAAAAAAAAACAUUUUAAAAAAUGAUCAUAAUCAUCUCUUCAACAUUGAGCUCUAUUAAAAGGAAACUGCUUUUGAUACACUACAAUGAUUGCAUCAUUAAAAGUCAUUUUAGGGGAAGAAACAUAAUAUGUGUUAUUUGAACUCCUUUUGUGAAGGCAGCACUCUUUCUUUACAGGAUUUCAGUGCCAAAGGUCCCCGUGACUUCUCGAUGCUUAUGACUGUGACAAAAAGGGUAAUAGGGAUGAAAAUUAUAGAAGAUUGCACUGGCAUCAUUAUGUGAACCUGCACACUGUCGUAUUUCCUUCAGAAAACUCCAGAUAUGCUAUCAGCCUUAAUCACAAAAUGGCGCUGAAGCAGUAAAGAGGCAGCGCAGAAUCAGACAUGUGAGAUGAAAAGGAUUAGGUAAACGCUGCCUACCACAACUUCUGACUGACAGCCAUGCUUCUGUGAUUACUUUCUCCAAAAUUCACCUGCAGAAUAAUUGCAAAUACAAAUUUAAAAGUAUAUUUCAUUCAUGUGACAUUUAUUUGCAGUCAACCCAGGUUAAGCCUAAAUGUUUUGCAGCAAUCUUUGAAAACAUCAAAGCAUCAAAGAUUGGGGAAAAAAUGUGAUCCACUUAAAUAAGAUGCUUUGUGUUACAGACCACAAGUCACAGGGGAGGGUUACCACAUACCUGCUUGCCUGUUUAAUCAUCCUUUUCAUUAACAUUUUAAGACAGCAACUUCAUUCAUCAAUGACAUCUUUUGAUGUUUCUGAUGAGUUGUUCAGACGUUGGUUAAGAUUAAUACAUAAGGCUUGGUCCAUGUACUAUUUUAUGCAGCUAAUAAUAAUUCUGACAGUGGAAGGCCUCACUGUACUUUGUUGUUGCAUGUUGAUUUGUUUGGCUUGUUCAAUACAAACACACACUUUCACACAGUUAAUUACUAGCAAUGUAAUCACAUCAACUCCUGCAGUUUUUCAUCUUUAACGGGAAUAUAAUGGUGUGUAAGUGCCAUUGUAGCUACACACACUAAACAGUAAAUCAGAGGAUGGGGUUAAUAUUCAACUUAAUAACUCCAAGAGUCUCCGAGACUAAAUGGUUAUCCUGCAAGCAACAAAUCACAAAACUAUGGAUGGUGCGCCAUUAUUAAUUCAUUUACUGGUUUAUUUUAGUCUUUCUCACAAAUUUACAGCUUUAAUCUGGUUUACUUGCCUGCGUGGGUUCAUCCUUAGGUAUAGAGUUCAGCUAACUUUCCGUGGGAAUCACAGCAGCAUUUCACAAAUAUGUAUUGUUUGUUGUCAGUGCUGGAAUUAGUGCACUACUAAUGAGGUAAAAGUCUAGAUUUAUUAUCGGUAUCAGUGCAGAUGUCAAAAAACAAAACUGAACUGUAUUUUCAGUCAUGGUCACAAUAGUUAUUUGAGUAGACCAACUUCUGGCACUCAUGAGGAUUUUUCCAUUUUAAGAAAGAGCAUUUUGCAAGUUUAAAAUUAUCAGUCACACUCCAAACAACAAAGUCUAAUCACCUUUUGUUCACACUACAAUAGAAAGCUGUUGCCAUCAAGUGUUUUAGUUGCUGGUUUUGUUCACUAGAUGUUGUGGAUAUAUUUUUCACAGUUGUAAAACUCAUGCAGUAGAACAGCAAGAGCCAGUACAAUCUGAAUAAGAGAUUCAGGAGGAAAUGUAAAGAUUACUACCAUAAACAGGGACACACGCACACACACACACACACAUGGUCACUCACACAGCCACUGUAGAUGCUUCCAGUUGUUAGGAUAAAAAGUUUACAUGAACUAAACAUCUGUAUACUGCUUGAAUAUAGCUAAACUGUAUCUCACUCAGAGUGUCCUGCAGGUUCACUGAUUAUUUUUAAAGUUAAUGUUGGUAUCAGAGGUUGUUUUGUUCAGUUGUAAAUCUAAAUAGAAUGAAAUGAGACACAGUGUUUUAUUACAGAUAUACUUUAUUGGGUGAUGCUUUGUGCUUUACCACACAUGCAAGACUUUUUCUUUUCCCUUGUCAGUAUUUUAUUAAAAUUGCUAUCUAUCUUGUUUAUUACACAGAUUGUUGUAUGAAGUGUAUACAGAAGUAUGAGUUUAAGAUCUGUUCUUAUUUAAGAAAUUCAGCAUUUUGAAUGUUAUUUCUGUGUUAUUGUUAUGUCAUUCCUGCUGAUUCUUGGAUCAAAGUAUUGCUUGGCACAUUCAGACACCAGCUAUAACAGAUGUAACAGUAUAUCAGUAUAUCAACCCGGAAGCAUUCAUGGAGGUCCUCAAAUGUUUGUAAUUUUAUCUGUCAUUUUAAUAAAUCUGAAGUAAGCAAUCUUAAAAAAGAAUAAUGCAAAAGCCAAAUGCUGCUAUUCUCCAGUGCAUUUAUCAUUUCAUGACACGCAAAAAAGAGAGACAUGAAUGGGACAUCUGUGAAUUCAUUUCUAGUCUUCUUUUUUAACUACAGAUGAGCCCAAAUCUGCAACAUGAGUUCAUUUGUUCUUCAUUUAAUUUUGAGUAGCUUAACUAAUCAUAAUUAAUGCCGUAUUUGCGCACCACUGAGCAUGGAACGAGCUCUGCAGGACUUGCAGAUGUAUCUGCAGUUUUCAAGUGACUUUGCAGCUUGAAGCAGGGUGAAUCACAGCUCAGAUUGCAGCGCUUUAUCAGCUCUUUGACACCUGAAGUUUUCUUUUCUUUUAGAAAUUACGAUUGCUUUCUUUACAGAACAAACACAAUGAUAAUUUAUAGCCAGCACCAGUUUGAAAAAAAUUCACGCCAAACAAAAUCCUGCUUUUGUUUAUAGUAGCUAUAAGUGUCACAUUUAUUUUUGUCCUAUCACCAAAGUAAAUAAAAAAGAUAAAAUUUCACUUCAGUCAGAGUGUGACUGAAAUCACCAUCCAGGGACCAUUAAAGGGAAGUACAUCUUAAGGGCUAAUGCGCUGAUAAAUCCCAGCAAUAAGUUUUUGCUUGGUGUAAAGUUAACACCUCUUUUCAGCCAAAAAAGCCACACAGAAAACAGGCACCUGCAAAACUAGUGUUGACUUCUGUAAAUGAUUUAGUUUCUGUAGUUUUCAUCCACAGUAUAAUAUUCUGGAACAAUGCAGAUAUUAGGGGCAGAUUUAGUUUAGUUGGCUGUUGCAAAUUCUCCAUUCAUGCACAACAAAAGCAAAAAGGGGAAAAUAAGAUUGAAAUGGGACAUUUGUGAUUAUCUACCCCUGCAUGCAGAUCUAACAGGCUUUUUGUCUUUUGUAUUUUUCCACCUGCUUCAUGUACUUUAUCUUUUAUUUAACAGGUUUGUUUAUAUUGUAGCGUAAUUUUAUUUUAACAAAGCAAUUCCAGUCUUUAGGAAUGCACUUUUUGAUCAUCCUCAACUAAAAACCAGAUUUGCAUUGGAGAAAAGCAGCAAGAAAGCAAACAGAUCAACAUUUGACAUGUUGAUGUGCGUGCUCUUUAACAUUCUUUUACAGAUGAAAAUACAAAUUUGAAAAUGUUCCUUUUGAAAGCUGGACCACACUUUGUGACCUUACUGCAUUCAGCUAUCACUUUCCUAUGAAUACAGUAAUCAUCCAAUGUUGACCUCCAUGAUGGCUCCCUGUGUGAUUAGAAGCAUAUUUGAUAUGAAAAUACAAAGCUUCCAUACUUUGAGUGGCAUUUCUCAAAUUUAGGACAAAGUAUGUAAAACAAUAAAAAUGCAAAUCAUGCCUGUUUGGCAGGUAGUAGAAGACAGGACAUUGCCAUCACUCAUAGAAAUGGUUUCGGUGUACUAUUGGGCUUCAUUUGGUUCAGACAUUUGAGUCUAAAUGGCUUGAAAAAUGUGUCUAGUUUCAGUGAUGUACAUUAAAUGUUCUCUGCUUUGUGUGCCUCUCUGUUUGACAGGCAUCGUAAGCCACGUUGAUUAACAUAACUUUUCCAAGAUAACGGAUGUGUAAAACUGGCAGAAGUCGCAGCACGUGUACUGUAUAGAUUGGGUUAAUUAAAUAUCCACAUGAAGAGUUUUGUUCCAAAGUGAAGAGAUAAAAAUCACAUUAUCUCUGCAUAUAGCAUCAUAACGUCUAGUGUGGAAAAAGUUAAACAAAAUCAGUCAAUCUUUAACAGAUGUAAUAAUCAAGUUUCAAGAUGAAAUUCCUAUUUUUUGAAAAGAAACUCUCCAUCACGAGCUUCGUCAGUGUGCUGUAGACUUUGUAAUGAUUUAUGGACCAGCAAUGUUUAUUCCCCACUGACUUUGACUAAUGUUUGAGUUCUGCCAAAGCCACUUCUUCCAUUAGAAAUCCAAUGUAUUGUUUCUUAUAUUUAAGUAUUUGUGCAUUGAAGAAUUCAACAUUGAAUGACAUUUUUUUAAAUGACUGAUAAUUGAAAAUGAAUGCAUACCUUUCAAUUGAUUUGAUUUUCCUACCACUGUUAUUUGAUUGUAUAGUUACAGUAGGAGCUGUAGGGAGACCAAACUACAAAUGAAUUGUGAAGUUAUUAUGGGAAGCCAGUAUAUUAUAGGAGCAAAAAGCUGUUCAGUUAGCAGGUGUUAAAUGUAUUAAUGUCCUCAAAGACAAUUUGCUGAAAUGUAAAAUGAUCAAAAUAAACAUGGACACACGCA